GUAAUUGUACAAUCAAGACGUCUAAAGUUUUUAUACGCAACAGUAGUAACUUAACGUGCGUCGCUCACAUUGGUCGGUGGUUAGAAAGAACGGUGAAAUUUGUUUUAAAAAUAUAUUUCGUUUUUAAUAAAUUUAUACAUUAAAAUACACACACGUACAUUUGUUUUUGCAAUUAGCGGCAUAAAAAAAAGUAAAUUAUUUUAUUUAUUUAUAUUUACGUAGAUACAUACGAAUAUAGAUAAAAACAAAUAAAAUACAUAGUAACUGAUUAAUAUAAAUAAACAAAAAAGUUAAUUAAUUAAAACAAAAUGGUGGAAACCGUAGUAACCGUUGAACGUACCACAACCACACAAACCGCAGCACCCACAACAGGUGGUGGUUUAAGUGCACUGAGGAUUAAUAUAGGAUAUUUUCAAACUGUUCCUGGCAUUAUUAAACUUGUACAAUUUUUCUUGGGUAUAAUUUGUAUGGCUUGCGCUUCACCUGCCCUCAUUCCAGCCACAUCUUUCUUCCUGUUUGUUGUGGUAGUUUCAUUUAUAGCAACACUGUUAUGGAUCUUUGCCUACUUUUUGGGUAUUAGAGAGGCUCUUAAUGUUGCCAUUAAUUGGAUAUUCACAGAACUCCUCAAUACUGGCAUUGCGGCUAUUCUCUACUUCAUUGGUUUUGUGGUACAAUUGGCCAAGUGGUCACCACAUUUUGGUUACAAUUAUUAUGGUUCAAAUAUUGCUGCUGGUGUAUUCGGUUUGUUCAACUUCUUGGCCUACGCUGCUGGUACAUAUUUCCUGUACUUGGAACACAAGAGUGGCGCCACAAUAUAAUAGAUGAAUAAAAUACAUUCUGCCACUUUGCUAAACACACAAAAAGCAAGCAGUUCAAAGAAAUGUAACCAACAUUCAAUGAGAAUUGUUGGCAGGCAUUUUUAAUUAAAACGCCCGCGCAUUCAAAUACAUAAAGUACACCGAAGCUUAAAUAUCAACAAUAAUAUACCAAUAAGAAUAAAAACAAGCAUUUUUAAUUUGAAAACAAUUACCAACUAAAUGGUAUCCUUGGAGAACAAGGACACAAUACAGUAUGAAAUAAAUCAAAUAUUUGACCCCCAGUGGAGUGCAAUACAUACAUACUUACAUACAAAAUUAACAAUAUUGUUGAAUUAACUUUUAAGCCAAUAAUGAAAAUAUUAAUUAUAAUAAAGUAAAGAAAAUAGUCAUUGAUACAAUUAAUUAAGUUAAAACAAUUUAAAUCAUAAACACACACAUCCUUUUAACAUUAACAAACUGUUUAAUAUAAUUAUCUAAGUAAUUUAAGAUUUUUAAUAAUCGUAUUUUAUAAUUUUGUUUGGUUUUUAUAGAAAAUAACAAUUUUGUCCGUUUAGUUUUUAAAUUUAAAUUAAUUAAUUAAUUAUUGUGUGUUUCUAUUUUUAUUAUUCACUUAUUUUUUUGUUGUAUGUUGUUUGUAGUUUUUUUUUUAUUUUUUCUCUAAACAAAUAUACAUGUAUUUUUUUGUUAUUAUUUAUUUACCAAUAAUUUUACAAUAUGUAUAAAUGUUUUACAAUUGUAAUUAUUCUUUUUUACUUUUUGUAACAAUAAAAUAAAACAGCAAUAAGUAGUCAA